CACGUAUUUCCCAGUCAGAUCUCCACCCCUCUCAUCCAAACUGCAGUCUCUGCAGCACCAUGGCGCUACGCUCAAACACAUUAACUGUAUACGUGGCGCUGCAAAUAACGCUUUUAUUCUUUCUGAACAAUGCAUCUAUAAGUGCAAGCAGUGGACAGUCUUCAGAGAGUUUAUCCGGACUUUUAACGCCAUACGAUGAGCUCUAUUACCGCGGGGUUCGGGCUUAUUUUAAUGAAGAAUGGGAGCGAGCAGCGGAGUUCAUAGAGAAAUCCAUAACUACUCGAGAAAUGCUCCUUAAAACUAGACUCAGCUGUCACGAAGAGUGUUUGACAGCAGGAGAUGACAGACUCUCCAAACUGGGCACAAUGGAUAAAAACCUCCGGGAUCUGUGGAUACUGGACUGGGUUCAGCUCCGUGCCGAGUGUGUAAAGUUUUGUAUGGGUCGAAGUGUCUCUCCUGCUGGUCUGCUGCCAGUAUCUUUAGACAUUGAUUAUGAAUUUGGAACUCGCAACCCUUACAACUUCUUGCAAGUCACCUACUACAAGCUGGAUAAAGUGCAGAAAGCUGCAUCAGCCGCUCACACGUUCUUUAUGGCCAAUCCCAGUCACCUGGAGAUGAGGAACAACAUUGAGAAGUACAGAAGGAUGAUGGGAGUGAAAGACGAAGACUUUCUGGACAGAGAAAAAGAGCAUGAGAAACACUGGGAGAUGUAUGAUGCGGCCAUCCAGGCUGAGGGCUUGUCUGAUUGGUUGAAGGCUGUAAAGAAUUGGAAGGAGUGUGUGAAUGAGACACUAAAGCAGACAGAAGAUUGUAGGGCUCAGUGUGUGAUAGCAUCACAGUUCAUCCCAGAAGAACCAGACAGCGUGCAGGGGGUUUACGAGAGAGCUGCAGCACUUUCUCUCUCGCUGCUGUCAUGCAAACAGACGUGUGUGUCCCUGGUGUCAACCCGACCCGGACGGGUUUCUGCUGUUGAGGACUUCCUGCCAAUGCAGCUGGAACAUCUUCACAUUGCACAGUACAAAGCUGGUGACCUGAAGGGGGCAGUGGAGACCCUGCGGUCCUUGUUGCUUUUUUACCCCACUGAUUCAGACUCGCUCAGUAACCUGCAGCUGUACUCCCAAAAUCUGGAGGGUGAUACUGAGGCUCUGGAAGCAGGACCCAUACAGGAAAUUGCCGGGUAUAUCAGCAGAGCACUGGAGGAAAAGAAACUGCUGUAUUUUGGGGUGGCAAACUUGGACUUCAAAUUCAGUGAUCCGGAUCUCUGGACACCCGAGGACGUAGUGCCCGAAUCAUUGAGAGAAAGUUGGAGAGCAGAGAAACAGUUGCUUCAUGAGAAACUAAAGCAGGGAGAGAAAGCAGAAGAGGUGGAUGAAAGUGGAUUUUAUGCAGGUGGUCCUGUACCUGUAGUUGGUGUAACAAUCACUAUGGAUAAUCAGGGGCUGAACGGGACCAACCGUGUGGUGAUGGAUGGAGUUUUAUCUCAGUCUGAAUGUGAUCGCGUGAUGCAGCUGGCUAGCGUUGCUGCAUCGAUGGGUGAUGGUUACCGGGGGCGACGCUCUCCUCACACGCCACAUGAGAAGUUUGAGGGUUUGACUGUUCUCAGGGCACUUAAGUUGGCUCAGGAUGGGCUCGUUAACCAAUCAGAUGCCAGACUGCUACAUCAGAUUGGAGAAACCGUGAGAGUUCUGAUGCACUCGUACUUCAGAAGUCACUCUGAUCUUUAUUUUUCCUACACCCACUUGGUGUGUCGCUCCGCUAUUCCAGGGCACCAGGAGGGACGCUCAGAUCUUUCUCAUCCAGUUCAUGUGGAUAACUGCAUCCUGGAGCCGGAAACCAGACAGUGUUGGAGAGAACCUCCUGCCUUUACUCAUCGAGACCUCAGUGCAGUUCUUUACCUGAAUGAUGAUUUUGAAGGCGGUGAAUUCUUCUUUACUGAUCGAGAUGCCAAAACAGUCACCGCAAGUGUUAAGCCAAGCUGUGGGCGACUUGUAGGAUACACAUCAGGACCUGUCAAUCCUCACGGUGUUACUGCGGUGACCGCCGGUCGACGAUGUGCAUUGGCGCUCUGGUUCACCACUGAAAAGCAUCACAGAGAUAUGGAGCGUGAGGAGGCCGAGGGCUUAUGGGCAGCAGAUGGACACAGCGUUGUUAAGGAGGAGAAAGUUGAUGAAGAAAGCACUUCAAAAACUGCCCGCAGUGGGAGAAGCCAGGUCAGAGAGAGGAGCAAAGAAAGACAGGGAGUGACAGGGAGGCGGGAUGAACUGUAAGAGUGACGGGUGAAUGAGCCAAUCAAAUGAGAGACAGUGCAUCUGUGCCUGUGUCCCUUGAUUAAUAUGCUGCCUUUGCACGCUGUUAUCUUUUCACGAACACUAGUUUAUUUAGAUUUCAAAUUGGAUGUCUGUGUACGUGUGAAUUAAGUGCGUAUGUGUUUUUUUUUUUUUUGCCUAUAUGUUUCAGUACGACUGAAUGCAGUAUGAUGUUUGUUUUUAUGGUUGUGUUAAAAACAUUUUCUUUUUAAUGAAAGAAUAAAGAAACAAUAAAUGGAAUAAUAACGCAAGUAAUUUAUUAUUUAAUUUUGUUCUUAUUUAUCUGAUGUAUACAAGAAAAAACAAACUGACUGUCUGUUUAUUACAACAGAUAAUGUAAAUAUUUCACUGAUCAUUUUGUUGCAAUAAUACAUUUACAUUACAUCCUUUCAGUUCAAACCUUUUAAAAAUGAGUGAGAGAUGUGGAAAUACUGCACAUUAGUACUGAUGGAACGAGCGAGAGACAGUAAAAGACAGAGGGAGGGGGAGAGAGAGAGAGAGGGGUAUACAGAGUGGGGAAAGAGAUGGAGAGCGAGAUUACAGAUAAUCCCUCAAAAAUGAGUGCAUUUGUUUAUAAAGCUUACAAAUCUCCCAUUUAGAGUAUGGAAUAAUAAUUCAAGCAAGAAAUAAUAUAAUCAUUCAUACCCUGCUCCCAAUCUAAACACGAUGCCCCUUUCAUUAAACCCAAACCCUGAUAGCACUGACCUUCCCCUAAUGCACCAAGAAUUAUGUCUUAUGAUGCUGGCCAUUGACCCUCUCAAGACUCGUGUGUUAAUCUGCAAUAAUAUUAAAAUAGUGGAUAAAAUAGCUGAUGGUUAAUGAGGGGUUAAUCUUCAUCUGACACUCAGAACAGUUAAGAGAAAACUUGAUCGUACCUCUUAAGUAAAUGACUUGAGAGCCUACUGACCUGUUUCCAUUGAUGUCUGAAUAUCACACACAGUAGAUAUGUUUGUGAAUAAUCUCAUGUUAAUACACAAAAAAUACAUUUGGUUUUUUUUCAUUUGUAAACUAUAGGGAUUAGAUCUAAUGUAACUGUUUUUUUGUUUUACUAUUCUGUAUUCUCUUAUUCAGGGUGAUAAUGCUGAUGAAUAUACAUUUUGGAAAGUGAAAUUUGCAUUUUUUUUUACUGAAUAAAUAGGUUAUAACCAUUUAACCUAGCCAUCACACAAACUCUUUUACAUAUAGGUAUACAUCUAUUUGUUUAAACGUUCAAUGUUUUUAAAUUGUAUUAUUCUUCACUGUCAGGUGUGUCAAAACACAGACACACUUACGCUGUCCUGUACAGUACAUACAUCUUAAUUGUACUGUAUAUUACAAUAAAAUACUUUAUGGUAUCUACUGUAUACUUCAAUAAAAGUGACAUUAAA